CAUGCAUCGCACAAUGCAAAAAAACAAUUCAAAGACUAAAAAGUUUCUACUAAAUUUAGCAGACUAGUUUCCAGAAAUUAAAUAAUCAUUUGACUACCAGGUGGAGAUAUAACGAUGAUGGUAAAACUAGAGCAUUGUUUGGAGUCCCUGUGGAAGGACUGGGACUAGCCCGGUCAGAACUCAUUGUAGUUCUUUAUCAUUCCGUUCGUUCAUGUAAUAAAACAUCGUUGCAAACAGGAAAAAGAAGCACUCUUAUCUAUGAUAAAGAACUACCUACCUCCCAAAGACAUUGAGGAACUCAGAUACAGGAUAACCAAGCAGAAAAGAAGCAGAAACAGCCCACAACAACAGCAAAACGUCAACACGAAAAUACGGCCGCCAUCUUGGAUUUCACUGAAGCUCCAACUACAAACCAAACAAGCCUUUUAAAAGCCAAGAAACCAUGCCAAAAUUCAAAUGCCCCUUCCCAGGCUGUGAAUAUGAAACUGAAGAUGUCAAAGAUGAACUAGCAGCAGUUUUAAUCUCAGUUCAUUCCAAUGGAACCCACAUAACCAACCAAACCCCAAGCACCCCCAACCAAACAGCAAAAGUGGAGAAGGUCCGACGGCCCACAGUUUCCAGCGCCGGAACGAGUGAGGAAUGGUCUUAUUUCAUGACUAGAUGGCAAGACUACGUCGAAGCCACAAAGAUAACAGGAAAAGACAAGACUAUCCAGCUUCUGGAGUGCUGUGAUGAACAUCUUCGCAAAGACCUCACACGAAACGCAGGGGGGUCCCUAACAAACAAAAGUACAGCAGAAGUCCUAGGGGCCAUAAAGAAACUGGCUGUGCGUGAGGAGAAUGCCAUGGUGGCCAGAGUACAACUUCACAACAUGCGACAGGACAGAGAUGAGCCCAUCCGAAGUUUCUGCGCACGACUACGUGGCCAGGCAAGCGUUUGCAAAUUUCUCAUCACCUGCCCCAACUGCAACACAGAGGUCAACUACACAGAGAACAUACUCCGUGACGUUGUCACCCGCGGUCUGGCCGAUGAGGAAAUCCAGCUCGACCUCCUUGGUGAAAAAGAUCAAGAAAUGUCACUCGAGGAUGCCCUAAAAUUCAUUGAGGCAAAGGAGUCGGGGAAACGGUCAGCGGGGCGACUACUACAAACACAAGGCGCCGAGGCCAUUCGAAGCCAAUAUCGCAACAUGAAGCAAAGCGAACACAAAAAUCGUAAAUCCUCAGACCAACAUGGUACGGGAACCUGCAAUUACUGUGGCAAACAGGGCCACGGUGUCAAGGCCCCACCCAAGAUCAGGAAACAGGAAUGUCCCGCAUAUGGAACCACCUGCCAGUUAUGUGGUCGUGCGAACCAUGUCGCAAUCAUGUGCCAAAACAAAGACAAACCACUUGGUCAAAGCCCCCACCACGUGACCGAUGCAGGAAAACACACAGAAAACGCAGUCUUCGAUGCCCUCUGCAGUGUGAACAGCUCCAGCGAUGAUCAUGCCAUCCACGGCAUCUCCCUGGACCAUCACCUCUACGACAACCUUAGCAAUCGCUGGAUUCGUAGUGCAUCACAGCCACAACCCUACAUCUCGCUUACCGCCACCAUACAGCCAGACGACUACACCGCCCUCGGUUUUCACCCAGUGACUAACAAGCCAAAAUCAGCCCAACUACCCGCCAUGGCAGACACCGGGUGCCAAAGUUGCCUCGCCAGCUUGAGUGUCAUCCGCCGCUUCGGGCUAAAUGAAGCAGAUCUCAUACCAGUAACUACACGCAUGCAUGCAGCCAACGGCACUGGCAUCCCAAUACUUGGAGCCGUAAUCCUACGCCUGACAGGCAAUAACCAGCCUGGAUUGGAAGCCAAAACAAGGCAGAUCGUCUACGUCACCAAUGAAUCUGACCGCCUGUUCCUAAGUCGGGAAGCAUGCAAAGACCUCGGGAUUAUCUCAGAGAGCUUUCCUACGGUUGGGGAAAGCCUAUAUCACCCAACCAGCGACAGCGCCGCCAUCUCGUCCAACAAGGGGAACACAAUGGACACACCCGACAACUCAUGCACCUGCCCACGACGCCAGAUGCCCCCACCCAAGCCAACGGAGCCACCAUUCCCUGCAACAGAAGACAACAGAGCAAACCUACAGGAAUGGCUCCUCGAUUAUUAUAAGUCCAGCACAUUCAACACCUGCGAACACCAACAACUUCCCCUAAUGGAUGGCAUACCAAUGAGACUCAUGGUCGACCCCGAAGCCGAACCCGUCGCCCAUCACACCCCCAUACCGGUACCCCUCCACUGGCAGGAGGAGGUGAAGGCCGGCCUAGACCAAGACGUGGCACUCGGCGUUCUUGAGCCUGUCCCAGUCGGCGAACCAGUCACAUGGUGUCACCGCAUGGUAGUCUGUGCUAAGAAAAAUGGAAAGCCCCGCCGGACCGUUGACUUCCAAUCACUCAACCUCCAUGCCACACGCGAGACCCAUCACACCCAGAGCCCAUUCCACCAGGCACGCUCAAUACCCUACAACACGAAGAAAACAGUCUUUGACUGCUGGAAUGGAUACCACAGUGUGCCACUACACCAGGAUGACCGCCACCUCACCACAUUCAUAACCCCCUGGGGAAGAUACCGCUAUAAGACAGCUCCCCAGGGAUACAUCGCCUCCGGUGAUGGGUACUCCCGACGACACUCUCCUAUGGGCGGACGACAUCAACAGCAGCUUCCACCAGGCAGUCAAUUGGCUUGACCUCUGUGGUCGACAUGGCAUCACACUCAAUCCAGACAAGUUUGUCUUCGCAGCUGACACUGUCGAGUUUGCCGGGUUUGAAAUUACACGUAACAGCGUACGCCCUUGCCAGAAAUACCUGGAUGCUAUCCGAAAAUUCCCCA